AUGGAGCUGGUACAUCAUGAAGAAUAUCAAAACGGAUUAAAAAAAAUGGACAAUACUGGCUCUACGCUUCUCCCUUCUUCUUUAGCAAGUGCAGUUAGUUUUCUGACCCGUUCGAGCUCACUUUAUCUUCGACUGGGCUCAUUUUUUGGAGGAAUCAUACUGAAUGGGGCACGUACGACUACUCUUACAGGUCUUGAAUUGACCAGGUCUAUUAUGGAAGACAUAAUCAUUCGAUCAGGACAGGAUGUCGUUGAACGUAGCAAUGGUUUAAUGGGUAAAGUCGAGGCAGAACAACUUAUGAAAAAGAGCUUAACUACCUUGCACUCCAGUAUAACUAAUAUAUCCUUUGCGACUUCAGCUGGGUUUUACUUAUCAAAUUCAAUUUUGAACUCCACCUGCCGGGUAUGCCAAUUAUUCUUGAAUGGGCUGGAUAGCUUACUUGGCAGUACCGAUUCGAGUCGAGCAAUCGCUGGUAUUGUCUCGCUGAUUAGAAGAGAAUUUCAAAAUCCAGCCACCGGGCGGGAAGGAGAAAAGGUUAGUGUUACGGAUCUUGUAGUUGGAAUUAGUGGGCUCGCAUUGCUGCAACAAUGGUGCCGAAAUAUUACAGACUUUGAGAAUGAUGACGCAGUCGUGAUUUGGGAUGUAGUUGUCUUGAAUGAUAAAAAAACCCCGAAUUAUCCCUGGGAUAAAGAGAUGGACUCAGAUAAAUCUAGCUCCAUGAUGUUACCAUCAAAUACUACGGAAAACGAAAAAUUACUAUCUAGCCAUAAAAAGAGUUGCGCUGCGGGAGUUGAAGACGAACAAGUUCUCGAAACUACACUUCAUCCCAAAACUAAAGUCUCAGCUAAAUUAUCGAUUAGAGAUACCUCAUCAGCACUGGUCAAUUUGAGGGCCAGUGGUGACACGGUAGAUUCCAGGCAGACCUUUCCAACAGCCUCUAGAUCCAGGCCGUCAUAUAUACGUAGAAAGAGCUUAGAUAAGCCAGGGGCAUUUGUUUCUCGAACCUCUGAGACCGAAAAUCGACAUUGCUAUACCACGACAAAUAUCAAAUAUAAGCAUCGAGACCAGUUUGGACCACCAACAUCAUCAGGAAGCCUUGAAAUCUCCCCAUCAAAAGAAAUCAUAGAUCAAGGACAUGAACUAGAACUAACUCUUCAUUCUACCAACGAUGAAGAAUCAUCCCUCAAUAGUUUUAGAAACACAUCAAAUUUGAAGAGAAAGCCAAAAUUAUCUUGGGGACCUGUAUGCUCGAAUUUUUCCAAAUACACACCUUCUUCUAACCCCGUUUUAAACAUCUCUGACAACGUGAGUCGAGGAUCUUAUCGGAGAAAGAUUGGACACCUUCAGUAUUUAGACAUAAAUCACUUAAAACCUACUGGAAUUCAUUCAAAUUACGACUACUACCGUGUACCCAAAGACUAUCAUAACUUUAUAAAAUCUCAGGCUAAUAAUGAUCUUGGUACAUCAGCUGGUUUUCUGACACACACAAAAGUGCAAAGGUUGAUUCGUGCCAGGUCGGAAAAACAAAUUGCUACGGCAACACCGCAAUAUUUGAACGGAAGAAGUCAUAAACGUUCCAAAAGCCAUAAUCCUAGUACACACCCCAGGAAAGACAGUAGUGCAACUUCCCAGCUGCUAAUCCGACCUCGCAGCGUAUUCAGUAAUCUGGAAAUAAUAUCGAAGACGGGCCUCACGAAUGGUAUAUUCCCGAACCAUCAUAUCGUGAGAAAUAUAACUAGAUAUAUGCGUUUUGCUUCUGCCUCAUAUGGGUCUAAAUUUCUUCGAAUAAUGGGAAUUACUACUGGUAGCACUGAUAGGGAUGUUGAUUCUUCGCAUCACCAUGAACACCAUUCCUUUUCAUAUCACACUCAACUGCCACCUUCCACGAUUUUACUUUCUUCAUUUGUCGAUCCUCAAGGUGGGACAGACUCGAGUGGUAACACUAACACUGGAGUACCUAUGGUUCAUUUCGUCUCUCUAGAUCAUGCCUCUAAAGCCGUAGUCCUGACAUGUCGUGGAACCCUAGGAUUUGAAGAUGUUCUGACGGACAUGACCUGUGACUUUGAUGAAAUUACGUAUCGUGGCAAGGCUUACAUUGUGCAUAAGGGAAUUCAUGCGUCAGCUCAUCGACUCCUACAUGGUGGAGGUGGUAGAGUAAUGGUUACCAUCGCCGCUGCCUUGGAAAAAUACCCAGAGUACGGUCUAGUAAUGUGUGGACAUUCCUUAGGUGGAGGAGUGUCAGCUUUGUUGGCCAUUAUGAUUUCAGAACCAGAUUCCGAUUCAGCAGCUUUCUUUACUGCAAACCUCCAACCUUUGGCGAUGAAAAAAUCCGACGGUAUGCCCAUUCAACUCCCAACGGGUCGGUAUAUCCAUGUCUAUGCCUAUGGACCUCCGGCUACCAUGUCGCCCUCGUUGCGAAAAGCUACUCGUGGCCUCAUUACGACGAUUAUAAAUGACCAUGAUAUUGUCCCGUUUCUUUCACUGGGUAUGUUGCACGACAUGCAGACUGUGGCUUUAGUAUUUAAAACCGAUGAUUCGGGUGCCAAGGGAGAGGUAACAAGGCGACUAUGGCAUGAAAUUAUUGCAAAAUUUUGGGACAAAUGGUAUAAUCGUCAUGGAUCGGUAGAUGAAGAUGAUAAAUGGGCUUAUUCAACACUUAAAGCGCUAAGGGCAUGUAUGUUGAGCACCAAACUUGUUCCGCCUGGAGAGGUAUUAUUAGUCCAGACGAUACCGGAUAUUUACCGGAGAGGAGUGACUAAAGAGCAAAUGAGACGACCAACUACGCGCGUUGUCGUUAGAUAUGUCAAAAAUGUUGAGAGACAGUUUGGAGAGUUAAGAUUUAGGAAGAGCAUGUUGCUGGAUCACAGUCCUGGACGAUACGAAGCAUGCUUAAGCUCUUUGGGUACUGGGGUUUUGGAAGGGUCAGUCGACGAUGCCUGUGAUGAUUCAAGAUCAGUGUAA